AUGGAGGCAGAGUUGCAAUGUUCAAAUGGUAUACAAAGCAUGGAAAGGAAGCUGAGAAUAGCUUGCCAUGCUAGUGAUGCUAAUAUUGAUAAUGUUCUUAAGAUAACGGAGCUUGAUGUGUACAAGACGAGUGCUGCAGAUAUGCAAGGUUCUACUACCAGAGCUGAUGGUGAGAGUUAA